GCCUAAAUUCAAAAUUGGAAAGUUUAAUUCCGCUUUUGACACCACUAUUGACAAUCAAGCAUUUUUUAAUUAUUGAAAUACAUAUUUUGGUUUUUCUCGAACUAAUUAAUUCGGAAAUAUAUUUAAGGCCAAAUUUUGUGUGCGAAAAAUAUGGUACCAUCGCUGUUGGUUCCCCUUUCUUGUUUGGGAAGACGCAAUCGCAGUGCGCAAGCUCUUUAAUGUAAAACAUGGCCGGUCGUAGCGGUUAUGAUGAUAGAGACAACAGAGAUUAUGGCCGCAGGGGCGGCGGCGGCGGCAGCAGGAAGCCCCUGCCCACCGAGCCCCCGUUCACUGCCUACAUAGGCAACCUGCCUGACGGCGUCAUACAGGGUGACGUCAACAGCAUCUUCGCCAACUUGGACGUGAAGAGCGUGAGGCUGGUCAAAGACAAGGAGACGGACAAGUUCAAGGGGUUCGGGUACGUGGAGUUUGGGACACUGGACGACCUCGAGGCCGCCAUCGCGCUCAACGGGGAGGUGGAGGUCGAACACCACUUGAUGAAGAUUGACGUCGCUGAUGGCAAGAGGAACGACAGGGGCGGCGGAUUCGACAGGGGUGGCCGCGGCGGCAGAGGCGGCAGGGGUGGAGGCGGCUUCAGGGGCGGGGAGAGGUUCGGCGGCAACGACGACUUCGACAGAAGGGGGCCGCCGCGGGGCAACUUCAACGAUCGCGACCGAGGCCCCAACAGGGGCAACUAUGGCAACUUUACAGGUGAUGAGGGACCGCAACGUGGAGGCGAUUGGGGCGGUCAGAGCAGAGGCAGGGGGGGUCCUCCUGGAGGAGGGUUCGGUGGGGGUGGAGGCAGGCCCCGCCCAGAGAGAUCGAGCUUCUCGGAAGAUCUUCCCAACCCGGCUGCAGACACUACUGGUAGACCGAAAUUGAAGCUUUUGCCUAGGACCGUUAAGGAUCCAGUGAAUGCAUUAGCCGACUCCACCCAAAACAUGACGAUUUUCGGCGGGGCGAAACCGAGGGAAGAAAAGGCACCUGCAGAAAGUCCAGAAACAAGGGAGUAGAGGUGCGCGGUUUGGGUGUCACAUUUUUUUAAGUUAUUGUGAAAAAGUGGUUC